CUGGAGAUGCCUGCUCCCGGCCUGGCGAUGGUGAGCGGCCAGGUGCUCCCAGCCUUCCUGGUGUGCAGCACGCUGCUGAUCAUCAAGAUGUACGUGGUGGCCGUCAUCACGGGCCAAGUGAGGCUGCGGAAGAAGGCUUUUGCCAACCCCGAGGAUGCCCUGAGACACGGAGGCCUCCAGUAUUGCCGAACUGACCCAGACGUGGAGCGUUGUCGCAGAGCCCACUGGAACGACAUGGAAACCAUCUACCCCUUCCUCUUCCUGGGCUUCGUCUACUCCUUCCUGGGGCCUGACCCUUUCAUCGCCCGGAUGCACUUCCUACUCGUCUUCCUGGGCCGUGUGGUGCACACUGUGGCCUACCUGGGGAAGCUGCGGGCACCCACCCGCUCCGUGGCCUACACUGUGGCCCAGAUCCCCUGCGUUUCCAUGGCCCUGCAGAUCCUCUGGGAAGCAGCCCGCCACUUGUGACCAGCAGCUGACAUCUCCUCUGCUACCAGACCAUUGGCCAAGAACCUCCGUGGCUGUACCUGGGGACUUGGCAUCCCUUCCAGAUUGUGAUAGGCUCCAGGUCCUGGUUUCCUGGCAGCCUGCUGAGCAUGUGGAUGUCUGGGCCCAGUGGGCCUGUGUGUGUGUGGGGGGGAAACAGAAUGUGUAUGUGUGUGUGUUUCUUAGACCCUUGGAUUCCUGGAUGAAGUGGCCCAUUGGAACCAUUUAGAGAUGGGUUGUCAAGACUGAUAGAAAAUCCUCCAACUCAAAUAACAGAACAGUGAAAACAUCACUCCCUGUCCCUCCCUUAGCGUGAGAAGAGAGAGGAAAGACUCCAUUCAGGACUCCCAAACCUAACAACUAUCUGAAUCCAGGGCUGAAAAUGCAGACUUCUCAGACCACCCCCACCCCCAGAGGUGGGCCUGGCCAUCUGUAUUUUAAAUAGGCCGCCCUAUGUGAGGCCCAUCGAUGGCCAGGCCUGGGAGCUACUGCCAGUUUGCUCUAGAGGUGGGGCCCAGGAACAGGAACAGGCAGGGUGUCCUGGGGUUUCUUUUGUGGUGGGAGUUUAUUGUGGGGGUUGAAGUUACAUUCCUUUUUUCUCUGUUGACACUUCUGUUGCCCUUGGCUCUGGAUUCCUUUGCUGGAGCCUUCUCUCUUGCUCAGGUGUGGGUGGGAGGGAUCCAUAGUAAGCUCGGCCUUCUCUUCCAAGGCUUUGGUUUCUCCAAAGUGCUGUCAGUGGAGGACAACGGGCUUUGAGUGACCAACCCCUAGAAGGAACUUUCUGGCCCCUUCAGUAACUGUAAGGUUUGAAAACUGCAAAUGUCACCCCUGUGGGGAAUCCGUGCAUGCUCCCAUAUGUGGGUUUCUGUGUGCACGAGCGUCUGUCUCUCCUGGACUCUUGUCCUAAGACGUGUGUGGUUUUUAAUCAUUAAACGGAAGUGUCUGA